UCAUGUAAACUCGUUCCAGUUAGUGUUGUAACUUGUGAUCAUCACUGUUACGUCAUUUUCGUAGUUUGUGUGUGUUUGCAUCUGAAAAUGUCUUGCUGCGGUGGUAACUGUGGCUGCGGAAGUAGCUGCAACUGUGCCAACGGCUGUGGAGGGUGCAAGAUGUACCCUGACUUGAGCUAUGCAGAGAAGACAGCCAUAGAGACUCUGGUUUUAGGCCUUGCACCAGUGAAGGCCCACAUCGAAGGUGGCGAAACGGGUGUUGCAGCUGAGAACGGUGGUUGCAAGUGUGGAUCAAGCUGCACCUGCGACCCUUGCAACUGUAAGUGAGGUGCAGAUGAAAGGUUGAAGCAGAGAUGGUUCUUAAUUAGUAGCAGAAAUAAUAAUAAUAAUGAUAACAAUAGCUGUGUAUAUAUAUAUGCACACACUGUUAUAAUAAGACUGUGUCUGUGUCUUUGUGGUCUUGUGUUUGAAGCAAAGUUUUAGAAUAAAGUGGCCAUGGCUAAUGACUUGCCUUCAGCAAAUUCCAUUAGUGUUCAAUGGCUGCUUUGUUAUCUGUUUGGGUUGGUUUGUUUUGUGUAAAGUGUUGGCUUAUUGGAAUCCUCACUCUCUGCUUAUUAAUGGAAAGAGGUCUUUAUUUGUCUUUC